GCUUUACUUGUGUUAUGGUGAUUAUUUUGCUCAGGGCCUGUGGGCAGUGUUUGCUGUGUGAGGGCUGAAUUCAGGGCUGUGUUUACUGACACACUGGAGCUCGGUGUUGAUUUCGCUGAGCUGAGGAGAAAGUUUUGUCCUCCAGCGGGGGAUUUAUAGUUAGUUGUACUUUUCCCUGUUUGCGCAAUCCGGAAAUAACCGAAGCAAACACAUUCUGGCUAAAUGUAUAUAAUGUUAUAAUGUUAAACUACGAUUAGCAGUUAUUUUCUUUUCAUAUCAACGUGUUCAUCUCAAAAGAACCGGAUUUAGGCCAGAUACUGCGUUGUCAUUAUAAUUACAGGUCACUGUUAAGAUGAGGAAAGCCAGUGAUUGUGAAUAAAUGUUUCUUUCCGUGGGGUAGGAGAAGCUGGCGGAGGUGUAGUCCAUGCGCCCCCGGGGCUGAACAAACCGCCUGUAUGGGGGUAGGGCCGGGGACGUGGCACCCUUUCCCCUUCACACACACGGUUUAGUCCGUUUGUACUGAACCCUGUGCGUUUUCCUCUUUGGUGAGCUUCUUCUGGGAAAGUGAGAACACAGUAAUCUGACAGAAACAACUGGACUGAGACCGUGUGAGCGAGUGGGUCUGGGUCUGGUUCUGGUUCCGAGUCGAUUGCAGUGAGAAAGAUUCGGCCCUGACUCGACCCUACUGCAGGAAGUGUAUUAUGGAGACUUGGAGCGUAUGGUAUAUAUUGCUGAUCAGCGCACUUCUUCACGAUUGCUCUGCCCACAAUGACUUCUAUACUUCUGUCGGCCAAAUGACAGAUCUGCUGUUUAUGGAGAAGGAUCUGGUGACAUCUCUGAAAGACUAUAUCAAAGCAGAAGAGAGCAAGCUGGAGCAGGUCAAACAUUGGGUUGAGAAAAUGGAGAAACUAACAGCCACUGCUACAUAUGACCCUGAGGGCUUCCUUGGUCACCCAGUCAAUGCCUUCAAACUGAUGAAAAGGCUGAACACAGAGUGGGGUGAAGUAGAAGACCUGGUGCUUAGAGACAUGUCUGAUGGAUUUAUCUCCAACCUAACCAUCCACCGGCAGUACUUCCCUAGCGAUGAAGAUCAGGCAGGAGCAGCCAAAGCACUAAUCCGUCUUCAGGACACCUAUAAGCUAGAAACACAUGCUAUCUCCACUGGAGAUCUUCCUGGUUUGUCUGCAGAUAUGCCAUAUAAGAGCACUCUGACAGUGGAGGACUGUUUUGAGUUGGGGAAGAUUGCAUACUCAGAAGCAGAUUACUAUCACACAGAGCUGUGGAUGGCACAGGCUCUGAGACAGUUGGAUGAGGGUGAGGAGUCAAGCGUUGAUGCCGUGACCAUCCUGGACUACCUGGGCUACUCUGUUUACCAGCAGGGGGAGCUAGAGAGAGCCCUGGAGCAUACCAAAAGACUGCUGACGCUAGAUCCAGCUCAUCAGAGAGCCAAUGGCAACCUAAAGUACUUUGAAUACCAGCUGGCCAAGCAGAGAAAAGCAGAGAGGGAGCAGAGAGGAACAGAGGAGGAGAAAAAGGAGCGAGAGAAGAGAGAGGUGGACAGGAAGAAGGAUUUCCUUACAGAAAGGAGGAAAUAUGAGCAGCUUUGCAGAGGUGAAGGAAUCAGGCUGACCCCACGCAAACAGAGUCGACUGUUUUGCCGUUUCUACGACAACAACAGGCACCCAUACUAUGUGCUGGGCCCUGUGAAACAGGAGGAUGAGUGGGACCAGCCACGCAUUGUCCGUUUCCACAACAUCAUCAGUGAAAGAGAGAUGGAAAAAGUGAAGGAACUGGCCAAGCCCAGGCUGCGCCGAGCCACCAUUUCCAACCCUGUCACUGGUGUACUGGAGACCGCCCACUAUCGUAUCAGCAAGAGGCGUGCCACCGUGCAUGACCCCCAAACAGGGCAGCUCACCACAGCCCAAUACAGAGUCUCCAAGAGUGCCUGGUUAGCAGCCUACGAGCACCCAGUGGUGGACCGCAUUAAUCAGAGAAUUGAGGAUAUUACAGGUUUGGAUGUCAGAACAGCAGAGGAGCUACAGGUGGCUAAUUAUGGUGUAGGAGGCCAGUAUGAGCCACACUUUGACUUUGGACGGAAAGACGAGCCAGACGCCUUUAAGGAGCUGGGCACAGGGAACCGCAUUGCCACCUGGCUCUUCUAUAUGAGUGAUGUAGCAGCAGGGGGUGCCACAGUCUUCCCAGAAGUAGGAGCAGCAGUAAAACCAAUAAAGGGUACAGCAGUGUUCUGGUAUAACCUGUUCCCAAGUGGAGAGGGAGACUACAGCACAAGGCAUGCCGCAUGCCCAGUACUUAUGGGCAAUAAGUGGGUUUCAAACAAGUGGAUCCAUGAAAGAGGUCAGGAGUUCAGAAGGCCGUGUAGUCUGCAUAAGACAGACUGAUGAUAACCUUCCUCAUCCCAUCCUCCCAUCCCAUCCUCCUCUUUGAUUGUGUCCGCUCUGUGGUUUAAGACCUACGAGAUGCUCCUAAUAAAACCACAACCCCACUCAUGUUUGCCUUUAACAGUCAACCUAUUUUAUUUUUAUUUAAAUGUGUGUAUGUGUGCCUGCCAGCAAAUUACAUUGAUGCCAUUGGUGCCUUUUGUCAUUGCUCAAAAUAGCUGCAGAGAAGAAAGCUGUCCCUCAUGACACUCCAUUUACACUUUCCAGGUAUUAAUAUAGCUGAGGUACUAUGGGGAAAAUCUCAAACUUCUAUACUCAUAAAUCAAAAUUAAGACAUUUUAAACCUAAACCUAUUUCAUCUAAAUAUUUCUUGCACAAAAACUCUACACUCUGGAGUCCUGAAGUCAGAUUGUAGCUAUGACUGCGGCUGGAUGUCAGACUGUAGCUACAACUGUCAGAUUCCAUUAGCUGAGCCAGUGGAGUACUGUGCAAUACCUUGCUCACUCUUUGUGUGUGUGUCUGUGUGUGGGAGAGGUAAAGGUUAGGCUCAUCAAACAAAUUAAUGUCAUGUUUAAAACCAAAGGUACACUGUAUGUUUAAGCUCUCUCUUUCCGCAGGUGAAACAAGGAUUAAAGAAAAAGUGCCCAAGAAAUAUUAGAUAUACAAAUCAAUUUGUUAUACAAUUUGUCGCAAACAGUGUAUGAAAUGCAAUAGGCCUAUUUUUCUUGUGCUAAUCACAAUUACAGUGGCCACACCACCGCUAGCAGAGAAGGAAAGGCUGUCUUAACAUUUCAUCAUUUCAAAGUCUUUCUCUUUGUAAUAAUAGUGAGACUGUAACACUCUCUAACAUGACUCCAGUUACAGUCUCUUACUCCUGUUAUCUGAUCAGGAAAUGAAAGCCUCUAUUUAUGUAUCAUUUCAUGUAGUCUUUUCACUCCAGUGACAUAAGAUUUGUGGUCAAAUCCUGUAUAAAUAUGUGAACAUUGUUUACUACAGAAAUAAAGAAUUCUCUGAUCUAGUUA